AAAACACCUCGGUGCCGAGGGCAAAGAAAUGGCCGACAGGGACCGCCAGCAACACCUCGAUAUCAAACAAGAACUCUACGACCUCCAAAACAUGUCAACCGACUCUCCCGCUUUCGAGGAUAAAUUCACUACCCUCUGGGGAAAGCUCGAGCUGCACGUAAAGGAAGAGGAGAUGGAUGAUUUGCCCAAGUUGGACGCGGCGAUUAGUGCGGAGGAUGCGGAGAGCUAUGCCACGAGUUUUCAAAGGACGAAGCAUUUUGUGCCGACAAGGAGUCAUCCUUCGGCGCCGGAUAAGCCUCCGUUUGAGACUAUUGCUGGGUUGUUGGCUGCGCCACUUGAUAAGUUGGGCGAUUUGUUCAGGUCGUUCCCGAAAUAGGCUUUGCUGUGUGAGAGGUGAAUUUGAACUAUAAGUGGAGGAUGUACGAUAGGGAUAGGAGAGUG